CAUCCAUUCUAGCAUAGUGUCCUUGUAUUGUCAUAUUAGAGAAAAUAACCUGCCAAUUUCUAAAAUUAUGUGUAACAAAUAAUUUCUUGAUUAUUGAUAUUUCGUCGUGGAUUUAAAUCUUUGUGUGGUCUGUAUCCGUCUAAGCUUAAUGACAGAAGAUUAACAGAGGACAAAUGUAUGGCUUAAACCUGUCAGGACUAUCACUGUCAACAAAUCUGUGAACUACUUGGAAUUACCGGUACAGAGGUAAAGACAAAACUCAAGCAGCGCCCUCUGGUGGCGAGUCUCUGCAGCUGCAGCAGCUGUUUCUCCAGACCGGAAGUGCACCCCUGAGGUCGUCAUGGGGAGCAAAGUCAGCUCCAAAAUGGCAGCUCCCACCGCUAAAGUAAUUCAGGCUGUACGGCCUCACAUGCCUCUGAUCAAGUUCCCCAACAGACACGGCCUGACAAAGGCCAACGCCCAAGAAGCACUGAAAAGCAUAGGAAUUAACCUUCCACAACACAAUGCUCCCAGCUCCGGCCCUCCUGUAUCCAGACCUCACAUACCGUUGACUCCGGUCCCAGGGAGCCCGGACACGCUGGCCUCCAUUCAGCUGCUGCCUGCACGCUACCGCAGGAGAGCAAUGACAGCGGAUGAGAUGGAGUACAUCCAGCGCGGUGGACCGGAGUGACGUGAAACUACCUGAUGACUGCAACCAAAGUCCUUAUCUGUUGGAGAUCAGUCCGUCUUUAUUCUUCUCCUCAGCACAAAAUUCAUGCCACGAGACAUGUAGAAUAAACUAUUAAAUGAAUCCGUUGAAAUGUACAUAUGUUUAUUUUUAGAUGAUUGUGAUGUAUUUUAAGUUCACACUGGUGAAACAUCAUUGUAAUUUACAGAAGUCAUAAUAUCCUCUCAGUUUCACCUUGUUCACCAUCUUGGCAGUAAAAAUGUUUCUUGCAUCUUUGAUUUUGAUAAACUCUGGUUUUAAACCUAUAAUCGGCUUAAUUAACCGACUUUCCAGUUAAAUAUUUCCAUCUUGUUUUGUUUUGGCUUCAUUUCAAAUGCCACCACGAGACUAAACAAACGAAGAAAAGAGAUGGAUUAAGAAGUUACGUCGGCUCUCAAGUGUUGCUUGUGUGACCCACUGGAUUUACAUGAUUAAAAGAAUACUGCUUUUUGA